AUGGACGAGAGGCAGGCCAUGGCCGUGGCCAACGCUGGAGGCUACGAGAUCGACGCCUUCAUCGGCGAGAUGGAGACGGAACUCGAGGCUUCUGGUGGCCUGAAGACGGGCUUCUUCCACCUGCAGUUCAAGGACCCCAGGCACUUCACCUGGGUCAUCGUCGCCUUCGCCUCCAUGGGUGGUCUGCUGUCUGGUCUCGACCAGUCCCUCAUCUCGGGCGCCAACCUGUACCUCCCUGGGGAUCUCGGCCUGUCCACCCGCCAGAACAGUCUGGUGAACUCUGCCAUGCCUCUGGGAGCCGUUGGUGGUGCUCUGAUCCUUGGACCUUGCAAUGAGUCCUUUGGCAGACGCUGGGCCAUCAUUAUCUCUACCAUCCUGUACACUAUCGGUGCUGCCCUCGAAGCUGGCUCCAUAAACUUUGGCAUGAUUGUUGCUGCUCGUGUGAUUCUUGGCAUCGGCGUCGGUCUGGAGGGCGGUACCGUCCCCGUCUACGUGGCCGAGACUGUCGAGCGCAGGAUGCGAGGCAACUUGGUGUCGCUGUACCAAUUCAACAUCGCCCUCGGUGAGGUUCUUGGCUACGCCGUGGCCGCCAUGUUCCUCAAGGUGCCCGGAAACUGGCGCUACAUCCUCGGCUCCUCGCUCGUCUUCUCGACCAUCAUGUUCAUCGGCAUGCUCUUCCUGCCCGAGUCGCCCCGUUUCCUGAUGCACAAGGGCAAGACCCUCGAGGCCUACAAGGUGUGGAAGCGCAUCCGCGGCAUCGAGCACGCCGACGCCAAGGAGGAGUUCUUUGUCAUGAAGGCCUCGGUCCAGCACGAGCACACCGUCGUCAACGAGAGCGCCGUCAACAAGCGCUUCCCCUGGCUCGACUUCUUCACCGUGCCCCGCUGCCGCCGCGCCCUCGUCUACGCCAACAUCAUGAUCCUGCUCGGCCAGCUGACCGGAGUCAACGCCAUCAUGUACUACAUGAGCACCCUCAUGAACCAGAUCGGCUUCAACGACGAGCAGGCCAACUACAUGUCCCUGGUCGGCGGCGGUUCGCUCCUGAUCGGCACCAUCCCCGCCAUCUUCCUCAUGGAGAAGUUUGGCCGCCGCUUCUGGGCCAACGCCAUGCUUCCCGGUUUCUUUGUCGGCCUGGUGAUCAUUGGUGCCUCGUACCACAUCCCUCUCACCACCAACCUGGGCGGUGCUGAGGCCUGCUACCUCAUCGGUCUGAUCCUCUACAUGGGCUUCUUUGGCUGCUACGCCUGUCUCACCUGGGUCAUCCCCUCCGAGGUCUACCCGACCUACCUCCGGUCCUACGGCAUGGUCACCUCCGACGCCCUCCUCUUCCUCGCUUCCUUCAUCGUCACCUACAACUUCGCCGCCAUGCAGAAUGCCAUGACCCGCACCGGUCUCGCCCUGGGUUUCUACGGCGGCAUCGCCGUCCUCGGCUGGUUCUACCAGCUGCUGUUCAUGCCCGAGACCAAGGACAAGACCCUCGAGGAGAUUGACCUGCUCUUCGAGAGGCCCACCCGCGAGAUUGUCGCCGAGAACGUCCAGAGUGUCACCAGGAGCACCGCCAACUUCUUCACCGGCCGCUGGACCAAGAGCUCCCAGGCUAAGGCUGCUGCUGCUACCGCCGCUGACGAGAAGCUCGGUGAGAAGAUGUAG